CCCGGAUCCGGGCGAGGUUCCACUUUAAGGGGCGGGCGCUCCACCGCUAUCAUUUCUACGGGAGCGGCGAAUAUCGCGAGAUUUGCGCAGAUGCAACAUGGCGGACGAGGAGGUGGCCAAGCUGCAGAAACAUCUGGCACUCCUCCGGCAGGAGUACGUGAAGCUGCAGCAGAAGCUUGCGGAGACUGAGAAGAGAUGUGCCUUGCUCGCAGCCACUUCCAAUGCUGAGACUACCACUGACUCCUUCAUUUCCAGAUUGCUUGCUAUUGUCUCUGAGCUUUAUCAGCGAGAACAGUACAGUGAUCUGAAAGUGAAGGUUGGAGACAAGUACCUCAAUGUUCACAAGUUUGUGUUGGCAGCACGCAGCGAUACCUGGAGCCUUGCAAACCUUGCUUCCACCCAUGAGCUAGACCUGUCAGAUGCUGAGCCAGAUGUGGCCAUGUCAAUGCUUCGAUGGGUUUACACAGAUGAUCUGGAAUUGAAGGAAGAUGACGUGUUCCUAAUAGAUCUGAUGAAACUGGCCAAUCGGUUUCAGCUGUAUCAACUCCGGGAAAGGUGUGAAAAAGGAGUUAUGUCACUGGUUAAUGUUAGGAACUGCAUUCGCUUUUAUCAGACUGCAGAGGAGCUGAAUGCUGUUGCAUUAUUGAACUACUGUUCUGAAAUCAUAGCCAGCCAUUGGGAUGAUCUACAGAAGGAUGACUUCAGCAGCAUGACUGCUCCUUUGUUAUACAAAAUGAUUAAAUCAAAAACCGAAUACCCUUUGCAUAAAGCUAUCAAAGUAGAAAGAGAAGAUGUUGUAUUUCUCCACCUUAUUGCGAUGGACUCUCAGUUACCUGGCAAACUAAAUGAACUUGACGAUAAUGGAGACCUGGCCUUGGAUCUGGCUCUCUCUCGACGGCUAGAGAGUAUUGCGACAACGCUGGUUAAUAACAAAGCAGAUGUUGACAUGGUGGAUAAGACUGGCUGGAGUUUGCUUCACAAAGCUAUCCAACGAGGUGAUGAAUUUUCUGCUAGCUUUUUGAUUCGAAAAGAUGCCUGUAUAAAUGCAGCUACUUACGGCGAACAGGAGACAUCGCUUCACCUUGUGGCCUCGUACAGUUUGAAAAGACACUCGUUGGAAGCAAUGGCAGGAAUGGCGCGCAUUGCACAAGCACUUUUGGAAGCUUCUGCCAAUUCCAAUAUGCAGGAUAACAAAGGAAGGACACCUUUGCAUAGCUCUAUAUUGGCAGGAAAUGAGUAUGUCUUCACACAGUUACUGCAGUGUAAACGAUGUGAUUUGGAGUUAAAGGAUCACGAAGGAAGUACUGCACUGUGGUUAGCACUUCAGGAUAUAACGGUGGAUUCUGAUCAAUCAGUGAAUCCAUUUGAUGAUGUUCAGGUUGUGAACGGCACCUCUUUUGAUGAGAAUAGUUUUGCUGCAAAGCUUAUAGCACGAGGCAGUAAUCCUGAUGCUCCAGAUGCAAAAGAUAAUUGUUUGAUGCAAAGAGCAUCUGAGAGCAAAAAUGAAGCUGCUGCACUUUUCCUGGUUGCUCAUGGUGCCAAAGUGAAUCACAUCAAUCAAUGGGGUGAAACACCACUACACACGGCCUGCCGACAUGGCCUGGCAAACCUCACUGUAGAACUAUUGCAACAUGGAGCAAAUCCCAACAUUCAAACAAAACGGCCGCUUCCCACUGGCACGGGUGUGUCACAAGAUACUGCUGAUGGCCUUCACCUGCAGACGCCACUUCACAUGGCAAUAGCAAACAACCAUCCAGAUGUGGUAUCUGUGAUACUGGAGCAGAAAGCAAAUGCACUUCAUGCGGCUAGUAAUCUGCUCAUUAUUCCCGACUUCAGCCUGAAAGAUUCCAGAGAUCAGACUGUUCUCGGAUUGGCUCUGUGGACAGGCAUGCACACAAUUGCAGCACAGCUCCUUGGUUCAGGGGCAGCCAUUAAUGACUGUAUGUCUGAUGGUCAGACUCUACUGCACAUGGCAAUUCAGAGGCAAGACAGCAAAAGUGCCCUCUUCCUUCUUGAACACCAAGCUGAUAUAAAUGUCCGAACUAAUGACAGUGAAACAGCUCUUCAGUUAGCCAUCAAAAAUCAGCUUCCGCUUGUUGUUGAUGCUCUUUGUACACGAGGUGCAGAUAUGACUGUGCCGGAUGAGAAGGGAAAUGCACCUUUGUGGCUGGCCCUGGACAGUGGACUUGAGGACAUUGCCUCCACUUUGGUGAGACAUGGCUGUGAUGCAACGUGUUGGGGUACCGGACCCGGCGGGUGUCUGCAGACUUUGUUACACCGAGCCAUUGAUGAGAAUAACGAGAAUUCUGGCUGCUUCCUCAUCCGCAGCGGGUGUGAUACAAACAGUCCCAGGCGACCAGGGCCCAAUGGUGAAGGUGAUGAGGAGGCACAUGAUGCUCAGACACCGUUGCACAUGGCAGCAAGCUGGGGCCUAGAAGAAGUGGUGCAGUGUCUGCUGGAGUUCGGUGCCAACGUGAAUACUCAGGAUGCAGAAGGAAGAACUCCAAUCCACGUUGCCAUUAGCAAUCAGCACAGCAUUAUAAUUCAGCUUCUGAUCUCGCAUCCUGAUAUCCGGUUAAACGUGCGGGAUCGCCAGGGUCUGACGCCCUUUGCCUGCGCAAUGACGUACAAGAACAACAAGGCUGCAGAGUCAAUCCUCAAACGAGAGCCAGGAGCAGCUGAGCAGAUUGAUAACAAGGGGAGGAACUUUCUUCAUAUUGCUGUGCAGAACUCUGACAUCGAGAGUGUUCUAUUCCUGAUUAGUGUGCAGGCCAAUGUGAACUCGCGCGUCCAGGAUUCAUCCAAGCUUACACCAUUACACCUGGCAGUGCAAGCAGGAUCUGAGAUAAUAGUCCGGAAUCUGCUGCUUGCAGGUGCCAAAGUGAACGAGCUGACAAAACACCGUCAGACUGCCCUCCAUCUAGCGGCUCAGCAGGACCUGCCAACUAUCUGCUCUGUGCUGCUGGAGAACGGUGUGGAGUUUGCUGCUGUCGAUGAGAAUGGAAACAACGCCCUUCACCUGGCGGUUAUGCAUGGACGCCUCAACGUAGUGCGUGUUCUCCUAACUGAGUGUAGUAUCGAUGCUGAAGUUUUCAAUUUGAGGGGACAGUCACCUAUGCACGUCCUGGGACAUUAUGGGAAAGAAAAUGCAGCAACCAUCUUUGAGCUCUUCUUAGAAUGCAUGCCUGACUACCCACUCGAUAAGCCAGAUGCUGAAGGGAACACAGCCUUGCUGCUGGCUUACAUGAAGGGAAAUGCCAAUCUGUGUCGAGCCAUUGUGCGGGCUGGAGCCCGUCUGGGUGUCAAUAACAACCAGGGGAUCAACAUAUUUAAUUACCAGGUGGCCACAAAGCAACUGCUCUUCCGGCUUCUAGACAUGCUGUCAAAGGAGCCCCCUUGGUGUGAUGGUUCCAACUGCUUUGAGUGCAUCUCCAAGUUUGGCGUCACUAUGCGCAAGCAUCAUUGCCGCCAUUGUGGACGAUUGCUGUGCCACAAGUGUUCAAUGAAGGAAAUUCCCAUCAUCAAGUUUGAUUUGAACAAGCCUGUGCGAGUGUGCGACAUAUGCUUCGAUGUCCUGACACUGGGUGGAGUCUCUUAGUACUUGUUAGAGUUGCUCUCUUGUUUGUGUUUUACCAGCACUACACAAUGCCUUUUCCAGCAGCUGGAAGGUCGAAUUGGACUAGCACCUUUAAAGAGAAGUCUAAACACUUGAAGAUUGCAUUGUAUUACUCAGAUUGAAAUUAUGCUGUUUGAUUGUAAUAAGGGACUUGAUGGCAUUAAUGAAUGAGCAAAUGCAUAGCCACGUGAAUCACUCAGAGUUGAGUGCAGGUGCUUCUGGCUGGGAUUGGUAUGAGCCUAUUCUUACAGGGUUGUAUGGUAGAAAUAUUCAGGACCUGGGGGUGUUUCAAAUGAGCACACUCCAGUUCUGUUCUACUUUGUAUUUUUUUAAAUCCUUGCUCAUUAAUCAUAGGUAAUGCUUUUUCCCUUCCCCAGAUCCAUUCAAAAUAUAAUCUUCAAUAUCAUUGUGAAGUCACACUUGUGACAGUGUAGACUAACUCAACAAUCCCUUGAGGGUAUUGACUAUCCACUUCUCACAUGGACCAUGUAUGGCAAAUGCUUCAAUUUAGAAUGCUCAUUCUUCAUCUAUACAUGACAGCAAUUGACUUGCUGAUUAGCUCGCUCUGGGAAGAAAUUGGUAACACUAAUUUAUUUUACCAGUACAGUGGCUGUGCAUUUAAAAAGGGAAAUGGCAUAUAUUUGAACUAAAUGCAUAGCCUACUCUGUGGUAGAAUAUCAUUUCUUUUAAACUGGUAAAACAUAACUUUUAAAAAAUAUAUCUGCUUAGUACAGUAACAAACUAAUCUUUAGGAAGCUAAUUCUGUAGCCUAUAGUAUUUGAAAAGAAUGUUUUGCCUUUUCAUUAAUUUCAGUUUUAGUUCUGUAGGUCUGUUUACUGGAUUCCCCUUGUAAGGAGCAGUGCAGACUUGGCAUGCGGCUUGUUCUAGGAUCACCUCACUGGGUAAUGGAUGUGCUCCAACUAGAAUAGGGGAGAUUAGUUUGCUGGAAACCCUGCCAUGUGAGUCAUUAAUCCAUCUGGGCGCACACAUUAAGCUUUGGUCAUAAGUCACAAAGAAGCCACUUUUGUUAUGUGUGAAUGAUACUCGGGCCAUCCCUGAACAAGAGAAUGUUACAUUUUGAAAACGAUUCCACUUUGUCAAGAUUUGCUGCAUGACAUGCAGUGAAAAUUGUGUAAAAUAUUUCAGAACAAAAUGUAUUUUAAGCAGUUUGUGCAGUGCUAGACAAUGCUUUAAUGUGUUUUGGCAAAAUUUCCCAUUGCAUUAUAACUUAAUCCAUUAGAAUAUAAACCCUGCUGCUUUGAGCCUGAA